AUUAUUAUUACAAGGUAUGUAAUUGAUUUGUGUUUGUUGUUAAUUGUUUUGUAUGAAAUUAUAAUCUCAUUUUUUUAUGUGUUUAGGUGAACUCAAUUUUAGUUGUAUUUUGAUAGUGAGAGAUGAUAAUAAGCAAAGAAAAACCACCAGAACCACUUGAUUUCUUCAUUUGGACAGUUGAGGAUGUAGGUUUAUGGUUAGAAGAAAUAAAGCUUGGUAGCUAUCGUCAAAUUUUCAAAGAAAAUGGUGUUAAUGGAGAGUAUUUGGAGGGGAUGUCCAUGUUCACGACUGAACAGAUUCUCCGGUUUAUAAGAAGGUGCCACAUGAAAUGGGGAGACUUCAUUACGUUGUGCAAGGAGCUGAGGCGGAUAAAAGUGGCUUGCUUGAAGGGAGAACAAAGAGUCCGGCGACCAUGGUGGGCCCCGUCUUGUAUCUCCAUAGUGUUUAUGAAGACAGCCAAGCGUAACAGGCAGUGUAGAGUGGUUUCGCUGAAGCUGGAACCUUAGACACUAAUUACGCCAAUACGCCAUCUGUGCGCAUCAUUAGUUAUAAUAUCAAAUCGCUCCCCGUCGGUUAUUUCCCUUGUAAUCCCCCCCCCCCCCUCUCGCCCAAGCCUUUAUGUAUACGUAACGUUGUAGUCUUUACAUUUUUAGUUUGUGAUGUUUAUAGUAUCAAAUCAAGAAAAUAGAUGACUCUUAUGUAAAAUUCAAUGUGUAAUGUGUGAAUAGUUUCUAAACUUGAAUUGUAAGUUUAGCACUAGACAAUGACCUGCCUGCCAGAUUGAAUGUAUGUGAACUACUGCUAUUAAAUGUUUGUUCCUCUCAA